AGCACGAAAACCCUUUGCGCAAUUGAAAUUUGCGGAAAUAUGUAGAUGGACUCAGAUGGCCUAAUACACUUAUGACAAAGAUGUGUCCGAGCUUGGACUGAAGGGGAGUAGGGGACUAUGGAAGGCGCCUACCCGGCACAAGAACGUUUCUAACAUGAGCUACGCCAGACUUGCGAUAAGUACUUUUAGCAUGAACAAUAAUUGUGCACAGGUCGGCAAUAUAAUGCAUUAGGCACAGUUGUACCACAGUUGGCCUGCGGACCAACUUGCCCACGCCGCAUUGCGGGGAAUACCUUAAUUGGUUUAACACAAUAGCUUCUGUCACAUGGGCUUGGGUGUACGGCCAGUAGUCAUUGUGACACCAUGUAGUAAACCUUGACUAUCACAUUACCAGGCCAUUGUUAACAAAGGUUAAGGGACCAUACGCUUGCGUUUUUAUCCUUUGCUGAACCCCAACACCAUCUAAUGCAGGCACGUUGUCCCCUAAUUUAAAUAGUUAGACCCACUGUAGACAUGGACGGACUUGGCCAACUUUAUGUCACCCAGAACGGGGCGGUCUACGCACUAGUACCUCCAGCUGAAAGAGAGCGGGAAAGGCCUCCUCCUGUCCUUAGUCGUGGCCGUCCCAUAGAAGCCAUUCGCGAAGAUGAAGUCACGCAAGCGCUGCUUGCACAGUUCUUACACCGACACCACCAGCAGCAGCAGCUCCAACAGAGGGAGCAGGAGCUCGCCCAACAGCAGCUCGCGUAUCAGAGGCGUGACUUCCAUGCGCCUGCUCCAGGCCCCCACGUCCACGAGGACGCUAUACGCCAAAUGCUUACUGCAACAAUACUGCAGUCUAUGCGGGAACCAGAUGAUGACUUCCCACAAGCGGGUCCGGCAACAGCCCGUAUGGGCCCCGCGGUAGACAUCCAUGCGUCGCGCAGAAUAGACCGGCUGCCUCCGCCACAGCCGGUGCCAGUGCCACAGCCGGCCCAAAGCAUCGACUCUCCAACUAACAGCGAAUCCGAGAGCCCUCCUGCCAGUGUGCGCGGCAGCGGACGGAGAGACUACGGAGGGGAGAAGGUUCUGGGUUUAACGCAAAGCGCCAAGGAGAAGAACAGGCAGGCCCAGCGUCGGUUCCGUGAGCGGCAAAAAGACCUCAUCACCAACCUCAAACAGCGCGUGGAGGACCUCCAGAAAGGUUGCUGACAACGAGCGCGAGAUCACGGGUCUCAAGGAGGAGAACGCCUCGCUGCGGGGCCGUCUGGAGGCCAAGCAGCAGAUCUCCGCCGUCACACUGCCCGCAGAGGCGCUGCAGACGCUGCUGCAGCUCACCACCGGGGCGGCUCAUACAGGAGGAGGAGGAGGAGUAGGGGGCAGCAGCGGAAUCGGAUUCGGUGGAGGGGUAGGAGCUCUCGGGCUGCGGCUUGAGCCCAGCGUCACGAGUGUGAUCGAGGGCCCCGGCGGCAGCAACAGCGGAGUGGCGGGAGGGAGUGGCGGGCCCCGCGGCAGCGAGGGUGUGCUGGGGCGUGGAGGCGGAGGUGGUGGGAAGCGGGGGUCGCAGGGAAGCGGUCAAAUGACGGAGUAAGCGUGUUCUUGGUUGCGGGCUCUGUUAUCAGCGGUUCAUGUGUGGGAUUGGCGGCGUAGGUGUAGUCAUCGCCUCCUGUGUUUGAAUGCAGCUCCUUAUAGCUCCUUGUGGUUGCGCUUAUUGGGGUUGGGAGGCGUCAUUCCAAGGGUAGGACAGUUUGACUACGGAGGCUUGCUAUGUGGACGACUCCGCUGCAGCUCCGCGUAACACCGCAACACCGGAAGGUCUGGAGCUGGUUGGCGAACGCACGACGGGGGUCUCUGCCGGGCUGGUGGGGUUUGCAGUCAUGCAUGUAUGCAUGUGGAGUUGGGAGGCCGGGAGCGCAUGUGCAUAUGCGACCAUCUGCAUGCGCACCACUAUAGCGGAUCCUCUGAACGUUGGGCUUUCAUAUGGGAGGUCUGGCUGUCGAUAUUUUGUGUUUGAAUCAGCGUCACUGGUUUGGCUCCCCGGUACGGCUAAUUGUCUGCUACGGGCUGGGCUCAACCGUGCUUCGCUUGGACGUCUAUCGGUGUCUUUUGACUGCGGCCCAACGCCUUUUGCACGGGGACGACCCCCCAAUAAGGAGGAAUUCUGUUUCCCUGCACAUUGACUGUACAGGUGCUGCGGGGAACGCCUUGCGCGGCCCGCGAGUAACCAAUGCUCAGAGCGCUGCUGCUGCUGUGCUGGCGGCACCAGUAUUGGGGUUGCUGGUGCUGGCUGCUUGGGUUGUGCUCCCGUUGUGGUAGUCAUGCAGUUGCUUGCUGUGUGGGAAGAGAGGUGGUGGGAGUGAGGAGUGAUGCGGGAGGGAGGCGCUGGCAUGCUGGGGGGGCAUGGCGAGGCAUGUGCACAGACAUCCGCAGGAGCUGACUUCAAGAACACACACCCGUGCAUCUCGACUCGCGGUCAAUUCUCUGAACACGUGCAUCUUCGCAGCUCGGAAGCAAAAGGCAUGCUGCUACUGCCGCUGGGAGUCUGGGCAGUACUCGGGGCAGUCCAGUCGGCAGCGCUAUGUUUGUUCGUUAGGAUUUGGUUAGGAGUGGUUGGUCGCGGUUGAAGAGGGGAAAUGACAAGAGCCUGCCAGCAAGAUGAAUGCCGUGUCGAAGGAAGACUAUUACACGGUACUGCAAGGUGAUGUUGAACGUACGGGGAAACGCGUUUGUCGGCGCGGGGUGGGUGCACUUCGGCGCUUGGUUUGAUGGCGUGGGGUGUGGGGCCUGGGGGAAGGUGAGACUAGGCUUGUGGAAGAAUGAUGGCGGCCGGACGGCUCCUUUAUCAAUCUAUGCGAGCACGGUGCAGGUUGCAUCCCUGCAUGAACACAUGGUGAGAAGAAGUACAUGAUCUGCAUUUGCGGCAAGCUGCAUAGUUGCGGUGUGUCGAGCAGCGGCGUGCAGUUUCGACGGAUGAUGUGUUUGGGGGCUGAGACGGCGCGGUAGGAGAGGCCUACCAUGCUAGGGAGACCUGUGCGUUGAAUGCUAUUUCGAUGUACCCAUAUAUUGCAUAUGCGCUCUUUUCAAGUAACGGUAACGAGGCGAUGAAGAGGGGAGGAGUGUGGCGCCUUGUGAAUUGGGUUCACUAGGGUCUUGAGCCAUGUGAAUUGCGAACGAACUGAGUCCUGUGCGUGCACUACACUGGCCUUGCGGAUGGAGACUAUUAGUGAGGGGGGACGGUUAGUAUUAGGAGACAACAUCUCGGUUGGUAGCAUCUCUGUUUCCUCAGAAUGUCGCGUGUCGCAAUCAUCAAUGUUACAAGUACACGUGCGCAAACCGCCCUCGGAUUGGUUGGUUGACGUCUAGAACUCCCCCACACCGUGCGUUCCUCCUUCAUGUGUAAGGCAUCCGCCUGUCUGUGUCGCCUUCACUCCUUAACACGUGGCACACGCGGCCUUGCUCUCCCUCCUCAU